CCUUCCGUCGUGCCAGGACAGCGUCGGGACAGGCAGCAGACAAGACUCCAACAUGAACGACAUCUACAAGGCAGCGGUUGAACAGCUGACAGAUGAACAGAAAAAUGAGUUCAAGGCCGCCUUUGACAUCUUUGUACAAGACGCAGAGGACGGCUGCAUCAGCACCAAGGAGCUGGGGAAGGUGAUGAGGAUGCUGGGUCAAAACCCCACGCCGGAGGAGCUGCAGGAGAUGAUUGACGAGGUGGACGAAGAUGGGAGUGGCACGGUAGACUUCGAUGAGUUCUUGGUCAUGAUGGUGAGAUGCAUGAAGGAUGACAGCAAAGGAAAGUCGGAGGAAGAGCUGGCAGAGCUGUUUCGGAUGUUUGACAAAAACGCAGACGGUUACAUUGACUUGGAAGAACUGAAGAUGAUGCUGGAAUCUACAGGAGAGGCAAUUACUGAGGAUGACAUCGAGGAACUGAUGAAAGACGGGGACAAGAACAACGACGGCAAAAUUGACUACGAUGAGUUCUUGGAGUUCAUGAAAGGAGUGGAGUAAUCCCAAACAAAAGAAGAUCCAGAGUGUUAUUUUUCUAUUUCUCUGUGACUCCACGGUCAUCUGUGGACGACUGGAAGCUGAACUGGAUGCCGUUGAAAAAAAACAGUGGGACGACUUUGCAAGAUUUAGUCAAAUCUGAAUGUUUAUGUGUUUUUCUAUCACCUCUUGCAUUGUUGUAAAUACAGCUUGUGACAACCACUGGUGCCCAUGUAGAGUGAAUUUGUGUAAAUGUAUCAAAAAUGACUUAUAUUUUCUAAGAGGCCGAGCAAUAUUCCCCCUUUGGCUGUUUUCAAAAGUCAACAUUGUGUUUGUUUCGGGUUAUCUCUGAAGUGCCACAGCCAGUUUAUCAAUUUUCUUACUGAGAUAUUGUUUACCUAGGCAGAAAAUGUAUGUGUGCACACAGCCGAACAUGUCCAUGAAUCAACGUAGUUUUACAGCAAGCUCUGGUGGACUAAUCAUCCUGUUAUGAGCGACGUACUGGAUCCAGUCCGUAGCUAUACGUGUUAUGAUGUACACAUUGUAUACAUUUCUGCGUGUCUAAAACACCCUCAGGACUUUUUAUUCCCCUCUCAUGUCCCUGGAACAUCUGCAUGUUUCUACAUGAAAGCUCUGUUUGGAAUGUGCGCUCAUGUA